GUACACACGUCGCUUAGCCGGGUGGCUACAGCGCAUAUCGAUGGUCAGAACCGCUACACACGUUUCCAGCUGUGUUAACGCUAAUGACCAGGGUGUCCGGGCUCCUCCACAUCGAGAGGAGCCAGAUGAGGUGGCUAGGGCAUUUGUUUAGGAUGCCUCCCGGUGAGGUGUUCUGGGCACGUCCCACCGGGAGGAGACCCCAGGGAUGACCCAGGACACGCUGGAGAGACUACGCUGGGCUGGGAACGCUUCGGGAUCCCCCCGGAAGAGCUGGAUGAAGUGGCUGGGGAGAGGGAAGUCUGGGCGUCCCUGCUAAAGCGACUGCCCCCGCGACCUGACCUCGGACAAGCGACUUGGGGCACAGACCAGCUGAUUGUCAAAACUUGGAGCGCGCUUCCUGUCACACAGCACACAGCGCGGCGUGUGAGAAUCGCCGAAUCGAGCGUUUUUGGCUCCACGUAUGCUUGCAGUCGUUCUCUCACAUCUAAAAAAAAAAAAAAUAAUGCAUGAAGCUGAACCUCACCACGUAUCAGCAAGACUACAAAGCCAUCAGCAAAACCGCGCCUUACUAAAAGUCGCAUCAAUGUUGCCCGUGGGGAUGAAAAGGUUGAAGAAAAAGAUGGACCCGUUGGUUUUAACGCCACCAAUAAUAUGACUCAUUACACUUAUGGAUUUGUGGCAAACAUGGCUGCCGUGCUGCUGUACGGAAGCAACGUUGUUCCGAUUAAACAGAUCGAGACAGGAGAUGGAAUGUUUUUCCAGUGGGUGUACUGUGCAGCCAUCUGGUCAGUGUCCAUGGUCGGCGACCUCAUCCUCCACUCUCCCGAGUUCUAUCCGUUGGCGAUGCUCGGGGGAGUCAUCUGGGCCACAGGAACCGUAAUGAUCGUCACCAUCAUCAAAGCCAUUGGCCUCGGCCUGGGGAUUUUAAUCUGGGGCUCCUCCAGUAUGCUGAUUGGCUGGGCCACCGCAAGGUUCGGCUGGUUCGGGAUCCCCGCCGAGGAUGUUUCGCGGCCGGCGUUAAAUUACUGCGGAGUCGGAUUGUGUCUGCUCAGCGGUAUCAUCUUUUUCUUCGUGAAAACGGACGUGCAGCUGCAGCCCAAUCCCGAAGUUGUUCCGUUGCUCAUCGACGGGCGAACAACCUCUGGAACCUACAGCCCGAUUUCGUCCAAGUUCUGGAUCGAUUCCGUCGGGCCCAAGUGCAGACGCUUUGUAGGUUGCCUGCUGGCCGUGAUGUCGGGCGUCUUGUACGGCUCCUCCUUCGCGCCCAUGCUUUACAUCAAGACCCAUUCGUCAUGCCGCGACAGCAUUUUCCACGGAGCCAGCGUUUACGACCUGGAUUAUGUCUACGGUCAAUCUUGUGGCAUAUUUGCGGCUAGCACAGUGUACUUCGCCAUCUAUUGUUUCAUCAUGAAGAGCAGGCCAAGGAUCUACUCCAGAGCUAUUCUACCAGGCCUGUUGUCAGGGUUGAUGUGGGCAUUGGCCACUUACUGCUGGUACCUGGCCAACAACUACCUGAGCGCAGUGGUCACGUAUCCCAUCGUAACCGCGGGAUACGGGCUGGUUGCAGCACUCUGGGGAAGCCUGGUGUUCAGAGAGAUUAAGGGGUUUUUGAACUUCUUAAUCUUCUCCCUGGCGUCCUGCGUGGUGUUGACCGGCUCCUUGUUGACGGCCAUCUCCAAUCUGUAAUCUGUGUACACAGAUUACGUAGAUGUACUGU